AUGGCCUUGGUGCAGAAGUAUGGCAAGCCAGACAUCUUCCUAACGAUGACCUGCAACCCCAAUUGGGAGGAGAUAGUCAACGAACUGUUCCCAGGCCAGACUCCUCAGGACCGACCGGACCUCGUCGUACGGCUCACAGUGCCGGAGCAAUAUGACCGCCUAAUCUCGGCCGAGCUCCCGGACAAGCACAAAUACCCGGAACUUUACGCCAUGGUCGUCAAGCACAUGAUGCAUGGCCCGUGUGGUGUUCUUAAGCCAAACAACACUUUGGAUAACAUAUGGGUCGUGCCGUACAACCCUUACCUCCUCCGUAUGUUCAACUGCCACAUUAACGUCGAGGUGUGCUCCAGCAUAAAGGCAGUCAAGUAUAUUUACAAGUACAUCUACAAGGGAGGAGAUCAAACGUCGAUGAAUUUUGAGCAGCCCGACAGCGAAGGCAACAUCGACGAGAUCAAGAGAUAUAUUGACGCGAGGCGGGUUACUCCACCAGAAGCUUUGUGGAGGAUCUUUGGUUUCAACCUCUACGACAACUCACCGUCGGUCCUACAGCUGCCGCUUCAUCUUCCGGGUAUGCAUAUGGUAUCGUUCAACGCAAAGGAGGACCUUAGAGACGUAGCCGCGUGGGAGAAAGCAUCAAAAUCCAUGCUCACAGAGUAUUUUGAGGCCAACAAAACAUAUGAGUGUGCAAGAACCAUACUAUACAAGGAUUUUCCAGAAUGGUUUACAUGGCAGGAGAUAAGUAUUGGAAGGAAAGGAAACAACGACCCCAAGUAG